CUUGCCCCUCCACCUCCAUCAAAAAAUCUCUCCCAAAACAUUUCUUUAUUUUUUUCUUUUUUCCCUAAUAGAGUGGCAAUGUACAGGCCGGUGAUGAUGGCUCCGAUGAGCCACUCGCAGCGGUGGCAGGACUCCUGGAGUCGCCUGCUGGUUCCUCUGACAAUUUGGCUAUGCGUUUCGGUGAGCCUCAAAUAUGGGUAUUACGGGGAUUGCAGUAUGGUGCUUGGACCGAGCUCGUCGCGGUUGAUGCAGGCAAGCUCUGUUUUUGUGGAACAGGUUGAAGUUAGAGACGAUGACAAGAAAGGCGUCCAUUUUUAUGCCUUCACCGACAAACCUGACUUGAGCCACCAAGCAAACUGGAGCGUCUCAAACUAUGUGAUUGUUGGAUCCUACAGCCACAAGGGUUUUUCUUUGUGGUUGAACAAAGGCUCUGCAAUCCGGAUGAGAUGGGAAGCUCCAACUAGUGUUCUAAACAAACUUGAAGUGGUUAUGGUUAAAGGGGAGAGGAAACUCGAUACAUUAUUGCCGAAAUUGACAAGUUCCCCUGAUGCCCUUGCCUUCCAUGAACCAAUCAGUGGUAAAGAAGCAGAGUACACCAUCGAGGAAGAUGACAGGUACAACCUUGGGGUCGUAAACACGAGUCCCAGAAGCAUAAUUAUGAAACUGAGUGUGAAUGUUUCGUCUAUGAUGCAUGAUACUUCAAAAGCUAUGAGUACGUGUUCUACAAUGUCGGGUUCCUGCCGGCUCAGCCUUCUGUUCCCCAAUACUCACUAUGUCAUACUCACCACACCCAACCAUGGGGAUCUCGCUGGAUGGUACAUUGAGCUUUCUUUUAUGGCACGUGUAGUAACAUACAUUGCAAUUUUAGGGUUUAUAGUGAUGAUUGUUUUUCUCAUACUGAAAUACCUUGGAGCCUGCGAAGGUGAGGGUACGAUGACAGACACAGCAGUGGAAGCAGUACGAGAAGUAAGGGAAGUAACUGAGACAGACCCUAUAAUGCGGGUGAAGCCAAAUCCUUACACAUAUGGAACAGGGGAAGAAGAGGAAGAUUCGGGAGCAUCGAGUAGCUCUUCAGAGGAAUUAUACGAUGCAAAAUUAUGUGUAAUUUGUUAUGAUGAGCAACGCAACAGCUUCUUUGUUCCUUGUGGCCACUGCGCUACCUGCUAUGAAUGUGCACAGAGGAUUAUGGAAGGGGAGAACAAGGUGUGUCCAAUAUGUCGACGGGUUAUUCACAAAUUGAGGAGAUUGUUCAACUCUUAGAGCUAAAUAACUGGGCUUGUACAUCUGUGAUUUAUGCUUGGGAGGUGAUUUUGUGGUUGGAAAGAAGGAUUUUAUUUUUUAUGUGGAGAAUCAUGAGUCCAACCCUUCUCAGGUUCAUGGCCUAUCUUGUAAACUGGGCAAAAUGCACUUGAGUUUCUCGGAUUAAGCUGCAUGGAUUUUGAUUUGAAAUUGAAGAGUACAAAGUAUGCAGAGUUCUUUGUUCACAAAUGACUGGUUUAUGUGAUUUUGUUAUCUGAUUUUCAUA